AUGGAUUUGGAAGCAGCAGCAAAAGCGAGGAAGGCCAAACUAGCUGAUCUAAAAGCCAGGAAGCUAGGAGGCAAUGUGCAGCAGCAGGAAGUCAAGCAAGUUCCUGAAACCAGGCAAACCGAUGAUGACGAAGAAGGCGAGAAUGCAUCAAACGGACAUGCUACUAGUGGUAAAAGGAGACGAGAGAAUGGUGAUGAUAUAGAUGUCUUGAUGAGGCCAUCGCAUCUAGAAGCAGAUACAGCCGAAUUCGCUAAGGAAGCGUUACAAGCUGAAAAAGAUCGAAACCAAGAACUGGAUUUAACAAAUCUAGCCCCCAAAAAGCCAAACUGGGACCUAAAAAGAGAUCUAGAGCGUAAACUCAAGAAACUGGAUCGUAAGACUCAGAUAGCUAUAACGGAUCUCAUUAGGAAACGAUUACAAAAGGAUGGGGAUGUUGGGGAUGUUGUUGGCGCUGCUGGUGAUGGUGUGAAUAUGAAGGAGCAGGAGGAUUCUGAUGACGAGUGA